AUGGCCGGCCGCGGGCGUCCGCCGCCGGCGGCGUUUGCGGUGCCGACGAUCGACGUCUCCGCGUUCGAGGGCGCCGACGCGACCGCGUCGGACGACGUCGUGCGUCGCGUCAAGGAGGCGUGCGAGCGCGUCGGUUUCUUCGUCGUGAUAAACCACGGCGUGUCCGACGCGCGCGCGCGCGACGCGAUGGCCGCCGCGCGCGGGUUCUUCGCGCGCCCGCUCGAGGAGAAGAUGAAGAUCGCGAGCCUGAAGAAAGGGUACAUCCCCGUCGGCGGGUGCGACAACGCGGUCAGGCCGACCAACAUGCACGAGAAGUACAGCUGCUCGCGCGUCGACGGCGUGGAUGCUGUCUCGGAUCCGUACUACGACGCCUCCGCGUCGCCGGACGCGGCGUUGUACUUUGGCGAACAGAAUCGCUGGCCGGAGUCCCCGAGCGGGUUUCGCGAGGCGUGGGAGGAGUACUACCGCGCGAUGGAGACCCUCGCGUCGCGGCUGAUGCGAAUGUUCGCGCUGGCGCUGGGCGCGGACGCGCAUCACUUCGAGACGAGGAUCGACAAACACGUCACGAACCUCGUCGCGUUGCGAUAUCCUCCCCUCGACCUCGACCUCGACGCGCGCGCGGACGCGGACGCGGACGAGGGCCCUGAUGAGACGAUCGUCGAGCGCGUGAAGCCGCACACGGACCCGACGACGCUGACGAUCCUCGCGUUCGAAACGGGCGAGGCGGGGGGGUUACAGGUGCUUCCGGACCGUCGCGGCGACGGCGGCGACGCGUCCGGGUCCGACACCGGUGCCGAGGUUGACGAGUGGAUCGACGUCCCGAGCGUCGCCGGCGGUUUGCUCGUCAACCUCGGCGACGUCAUGCGGUUCUGGACGAACGACGCGUGGAAAUCGACGCGGCACCGCGUCGUCGCGCGACGCGAAACAUUAGCGCUCGACCGCCUGUCGUUGAUCUUCUUCCACAUGCCCAACUACGACGCGGUCGUGGACGCGGGAGACUUCGGCGCCGCGGUGGUGAACGACGCGCGGCCGCGGAAGUACCCGGCGUUCAAGUCCGGCGAGCGAAGUCACUUUAAUCAGCUGAUGCGGGACGAGGAGGGGUUGCCGGACCGGCAGACGCUGAAGGAAGGGACGAACGCCCGAGGCGACUAG